CAGUGUACACGCGCGCAGCCUCCGUCGAAUAACGCGCUACGCACGUUGACUCACCGCGGCGCGUUGGUCAACACGCGGUAAUACCUGUGACGGACGCGGACACGGGGACUUACGCCGGCCACUACACUACAGUCAACACGAUCAAGAAACCGGCGCCGCGGCGUUGACGCAACACGCGCGGGAAAUCUCUUGAAUAAAUUAACGCUCAGCUGAUGUUGACAGCGUGCGCACCAUCAUCACAUAACUUAGAACGAGCUUCUGAGAAUAACGACCGGAACCAUUAAUCCGAAUGCUUGGCCAGAAUUUAUAUGCUUUAACGCUAAACUCUACCUUCGUGAGUCACCUAAAAUGACGAAAGUUAAGUUGAAACAGAAAUCUCCAAGGUCUGUUACGAAGUAGUGCGCCGGGUCGAGGAAAGAAUUUUAUUAUAUAAAUAGACGCGAUUACUGUGUACACAAGGACAUUAUAUUAUGCAUGUGUACUUAACAGUUAAGUGAAUAAGUUAGUAUUACAAAAAGAAGAUUGAAGACUAAUAUAUAGGUAGUAUAAAAAUACAAACGGACUAUUUUUACUAUCGAAGAGACUGAGCUGAAACAAAUUUUAUAUCCAAAGAAAAUCCACCUAAUUUUGUCAACAAAAGUAAUACUCGGAUACUUCAACUUUGAACGCAGCAGGAGACGCGAAGUGAUUGUUACUGGAAGACUGCCAAUAAUGAGCUCUUAAAACAAACGAUCAAUUAGUCAUCAGUCAAUAAAACAUAGUAGUAAGUUUCGAUAGCGCCGCUAACGCCACCAGAAUCUUACCCAGGCGACCUUGGUGUGUGGGAAAGCGAUAGUUUUACGUAGUGAGGUUUCCAUCGACGUGUGAGUGACGCCAGCAGUGGUAGUUAGCAGUAGUGGAGUAGCGUGUGAUGGUGUAAGGAUGCACCUGCCGUAUGAGUCGCGGAGCCGACGGCGCCGCGAGAUGGCGGACCUGGAGCCUUGUUGGAUGCAGACUAUCAUUGAAAACACUAGAGCUGAACAUCCAGAUCUUGUACCAACUGGCUGUCCUGACUACAUGUGCUCAAUGUUGCCACAACACUGGCGAUCGAACAAGACUCUACCUGGCGGGUUCAAGGUGGUGGCGUUGGGAGACGUGGUCGACGGUACAUUGGUCACCGUCAGAGCUGGCAACGAUGAGAAUUGUUGCGCUGAGCUGAGAAAUAAUUCAACAGUAAUGAAGAAUGGAGUUGCUAAAUUUAACGAUUUGAGAUUCGUCGGGAGAAGUGGCAGAGGGAAAAGUUUUGCUUUAACAAUAACAAUAUCAACAAAUCCACCUCAAGUAGCUACAUACCAAAAAGCAAUCAAAGUGACCGUCGAUGGACCGCGGGAACCACGAUCUAAAACUAGUACGAACGUGUCUCCGAUCCGGAGUUUUGGUUUCCAGCGGACACUGAUAGACUCGGCGCUUAGAGAUAUGGAAUACAAAAGUUCGCCGGUCAGAAGUAUACGGUCGCUGUCGCACGAUGAAAGAGAAUAUAAGACCAAUGCCAACCUGCCUGUGGGAGAGAGCAGUGGCAACAUCCUGGGUGCCAGUGAGUGGAACACAGGGUACCCUUCUACGGCUGCCGUGUACCCUCCCUAUGGGGCCCUACAGCCGUCGUACUAUAAACCUGAGACUACUGCUGUACAUAUACCUACAGUAAUACCAGAUAUUCCGUUGGGGCACUCAGAGUACGGCGGCUACCAAAGCAAUGCAGCGAGUUAUAAAGGCAGCCCCAGCGGUGCAGGUCCUGCUCUCACAGACCUCAACACCACCGCCAUGCCAGCGCAGCGAUACGACCCCACCUAUUACAAUGCCUGGCAGACGAACAACUACAACUACAAUAACUACCAAUAUAACAAUAUAAAUAACAACACGGCUUGCCUACAAUCCCCUGCGCCGUACAUCAAUCCUAACCCGCAAAUGAUCAUGCCUAACCUUUAUUCAACAGUAAACCAGAACCAAAUACAUGUUCAUCUGCACAGUUCCAUAGAUAAACACCAUUUGGAACAGUAUAUUCCGAGUGAAAUUAAAAUUAGCGAUAUUGAUGGUGGAAUAUCGAUAACUGCCGAACUGCAGGGCAGCGCUGAAGGAGCAGGGCUGGUGCAAUCUUGUGAGUCAAACGAGGAAGCCAAGCACGGAUUAUAUGGCUCUGGGAGUCAAGAAGUGUGGCGACCUUAUUGACAGUUCGCUUCUCCUUACGAGGACAAUCAACAUUCCGUUGUACAUAUUGUGAUAUAGAUGUGAAUACUUCAUAAUAUAAUUGUAUAGAAAUAUUAAUGUUAAACAUUAAUUAGAUGUUAUUUGUUAUAAACCUACCUAUUAAAUCAAACAGUAAGAUAUUAAA